AUGGCGACUUCGCUGCGUUUAAUUCUAAAAUUUUCAUUUCUACUGCUGUCUUCUUACUACACCCUGCCGUUUCUGGUGAAACUCUGCGUGGGCCUUCUUAAUAAUUUUUUCGCCUCAUCGGUAUCCUUCAAUAUGGAUACACUUUUCAUCAACUGGAACACCUCCUUUCCGGCCAUAACCGUUUGUGAGAUCUACAAUGGCGAGAAAAUUUGGGACAKGAGCGAGCAAUAUUUCGGCACGAAUCACGAUCUGCAAUUGGACGAUUUAGUCGGUGAAGUGGUCUUUUUCCGUGGCACCUGCACCAUAUGCGAUAGAUGUGAUCAUUUGAACUGCCCACAGAAUAUCACCGAGCUCUUGACACGGUUUCGCGGUAAAUGCGCACAGUUGUUGCUCAAUUGUAAAUACAUAAACAAACCCUUCAAUUGUUGCGACGAAUUUCUGCCAAUUCACACCGAAUAUGGCAUUUGCUUUGCGUUUAACUCGAAUCAGGCACGUAAGAGCGCACAGAUGCAUUUCGCCAGUAGUCGUGAAACCGGUCCUGGCAUAUUGAAGUUUGACGCCUCUGCGGACAUUCAGCUCCAUAUACAUCCGCCCAUCGACAUUCCACUUCCCUACUUUGAGAGUACGAUUCGUGAAACUGUGUUGCUUGGCAGCACCAAAGAGAUCGUCAUCAAUGUCAUGGAGGUGUAUAACCAUCCCAGCGUGUAUCAACUCACCCUGGAUCAGCGUCGAUGCCGCUUCAGCAACGAACCUACAGAUUGGGGUCUUGAAGUGGGUCUCUAUGAGUUCUAUAGCCAUUCCACUUGUAUUGUAGARUGCGGUCUGAAAGCGCAGCUGGAUCAUUGCAAUUGCASCAGCCAUUUUUUAGCACCCGCAAUSAAAGCGCAARGUGGAUCUGUGCCCAUGUGCGAUUAUCGCGGCUUGAGUUGUCUCACAAAGUAUUACGAAGACAUACAACUGGAGCGUAAAUCGUGUGAUUGUAUGAGUUCAUGCGAAGAACCUGAAUACACUAUCGUUUACAGUUCUCCGGAUGUCGACAGUGAAAGUAGCAUGGAGGUGACACAGGUGCAUAUCGCACUUAUUGAUCUACCAACACAGCGUUAUAUUCGACGGGUCACCAAGACACCACUGGACUUGUUAAUUUUAAUUGGUGGCAUUGCUGGGCUUUUCUUUAACGCCUCAAUUGUGCGACUCAUUGAAGUAAUAUUCUUAAUCAAAGAGUACAACUGGAAUAGUUUAUGGGGCAGGAAAAAAUAGGAGUGCAUUUAUGCAUAAAAAAAUUUUACAGCAAUAUUCUAAUUAAAUGUUUUUUCUUUAAGUAAUGGCUUAUUUAACAACAAUAUUUAUUUUAGAAGUUUUAAGAAAAUGCAAAUUAAUUUUCUUUCACAAACAAGUAGGUGCAUAAAAAGGUAUACACAAAACUACCAUAAUUCUAUGUGUACGGAUUAAUAUCCUCAAGGGGCACACCUUGUGAGAMRUGCUACAAAAAUUUWAAAAUUUCUUCUGGCUAAUMGCUGCAGCAAAUUUGUGCUGUUWYGAGACAAACGCGUUCAAAAAUAAGCUGAUGGAGCUGUUGAACUGAGCGUUURUAUUUUCGAAGAUUGAAACACUAUUUGAGUUAUAGAUUUGCGUCAGCAUGUUAUUUAUAAAAGUGUAAGUCAUGUAAUAUAUAAAAUUGAUUUUUUAAUUUCACACAAAGUGU